AUGUUUAAAGAAAAUUAUAUCAGUCUUUCUCAAAACACGUUGAUUCGAGAUGGAAUGAAUUCUUUUUCCAUAUCUAAAUUUACGAAACUUGUUCUCGAACAGGAGAACAUUUUCAACAAAUCAAUUUCAGCUGUAGUCAAAACUUCCCUUGUUCAAAUUCGUGGUUAUCGAAGUUUAGUUCAUAGUGUCAAGUCUUUAAAGGAAACAAAGUUCCAAGUUGACAAUUCAAAGCAUACUAAUAUUCUAAAAGAAAUCUGGAAUGGCUUACUUCCAAAUGAGCCAUUCUCUUUAAACAGCAAACUAUGGUCUGAUGUCGGGUUUCAAGGUACAAAUCCUUCCACGGAUUUUCGUGGUACAGGCGUACUAGGUGCACAGAACCUGGCUUAUUUCAUUAAACAUUUUCAUGAGUACGCUUCUAUCGUCCACUCGGGUUCAGUUGAUGCGAAGUAUUGGUAUCCAUUUGCUACCGCUGGGAUAAAUCUUACUGAUUUGACCUGGCGUCUACUUGAAGAUGGAUCUUUAAAGACUCAUUUCUACAAUUCUUUCACAAAGGCUCCUUCUCUCAUUAACUUUCACGACGUAUAUGUUUCCAUUUUUGUAAAAUUCCACAAACUGUGGAUGAAACAACCACGAAGUGUUAUGGAGUUUAAUUCAGUCGUGAUGCACUUUGAAAAAGAUCUCAGAAAACAGCUGGAUAAUGAAUGUUUUACAUUUAUUCUUCCUGGAAAUAAAUAA